GCCAAACCGCUUUAAGAAAUUCAAGUUCAGUUUCUUAAGGAGUGUUACAAAAGCUCCGGUGUACGUGUGGAUUAAAAGUGGUUUCACCCAGCAUUUAAACGGGGUUGGUCUCCUAAACACAAGGAAGAGCAUUUUUCUGGAGCGUGUCAGUGCUCCAAAAAAGACAGGAAAAAAUUAGAUAAGGUUUUUAGGCAUUUCUACAGGCACAGGACGACAAACAACGUGUCCGGAGGAGAUCUGAGUCCACGGGAAGGUUUGGAAGCAUGUCCUACAGCGACCAGACUCCACCCAGCCCCAGCAGGACCAGCGGCAGUAGCUCUGGGGCGCAGUAUGCUACUGCCGCGCUGGGCGUGGGCCUAAUUGCUCUGGGGAUAGUCAUGAUUAUGUGGAGCGUGGUGCCGGCAGGGUCCGGAGGGAACAGCUCCACACCCGGCAUGGAUCCAGGUCAAGCUCGAGAGACCUCAUCCGUGGCGUUCGUCCUAGUAGGGGGAGGAGUGGCGCUUCUGCUGCUGUCUGUGUGUCUGAGCGUACGGAACAAACAGCAGGCGGCCCGGGGACAGGAAGCCGGCAGUACACCUGCAAACACAGGGGAGGGGGCUACGAUAGAGCAACUAGCUCAAAACUACAUGGUCCCCACUUACGAGGAGGUGGUAAUGAGUGGCCAAUAUCCCAUCAGUCAGUCCUCUGAGCGACACAACAGCAUCACCCAGCUGCCAGCCUAUGACGAGCUAGAGGAAGAUCAGCACACUGCAGAGGAUGGAUUCAGCCCAGCAUGCAGACCUUCAUCCCAAAUCGACCCCAGCACUGGAGCGGGCGGCCGAAGAAACAGCCGUCCCGGACGCAAGCUGAUUCCCCUUAAAAUUAGGCGCAUAAAAUCUGACAACCUUAGAAGGAAAAGCUUAAGCGAUAUCCAGCAGACUAACAUGUUCACCAUCGAACCUCUCACACCGCCUCCACAGUAUGACGAUAAGCUCCCUCCACUUCCUACAAACACACAACAGUGAGGCGUGCUGGAGGUUUACACUUACACUGUGAUGAAGUCUGCACUACUGCACUGAACUCCAUAUUACUCCUCUGGACAGGACGUGUCACUAUCAGCAGCACAGAGGAGGCAGUAGUGUGUAAAGUUGGAGAUCCUUAAUUACGUCUUCCUGUGUUGGCUGUAUAUUUCCUGUUUAGCCA